AAAAUAAAGUUCACUAACAAUAUAAGAUCCUUCGAGAAGUAUUUUUCCUUUCUCGAUCGAAACCCUAGGAGUUCCAGCAGCUAGAAGCGGCGGCGGCGGCGACAUGGCUGUCGGGAAGAACAAGAGGAUCUCAAAGGGCAAGAAGGGAGGAAAAAAGAAGACUGUCGAUCCAUUCUCCAAGAAGGAUUGGUAUGAUAUCAAGGCUCCAUCAAUCUUCUCGGUCAGGAAUAUUGGGAAGACUCUCGUGUCUAGGACUCAGGGAACCAAGAUCGCUUCUGAAGGUCUCAAGCAUAGAGUAUUUGAGAUCUCUUUGGCAGAUCUUCAGAAUGACGAAGAUCAAGCUUACAGGAAGAUUAGGCUUCGUGCAGAAGAUGUGCAAGGCAAGAAUGUCCUCACAAACUUCUGGGGUAUGGAUUUUACUACUGAUAAACUCAGGUCUCUAGUUCGCAAGUGGCAAACUCUUAUUGAGGCACAUGUAGAUGUGAAGACAACUGACAACUACACUAUGAGGCUGUUUUGUAUUGCAUUCACCAAAAGACGCCCUAACCAGGUCAAGCGCACCUGCUAUGCUCAGUCUAGUCAGAUCAGACAGAUUCGUCGAAAGAUGAGAGAGAUAAUGAUAAAUCAAGCAUCAUCCUGUGAUCUGAAGGAGUUGGUGCAAAAAUUCAUUCCCGAGGUGAUUGGGAAGGAGAUUGAAAAGGCCACAACAAGUAUUUACCCACUUCAGAACGUGGUUAUUCGCAAAGUAAAGAUUUUGAAGGCUCCGAAAUUUGAUCUUGGGAAGCUCAUGGAGGUGCAUGGUGAUUACAAGGAAGAUUUGGGCGUCAAGCUUGAUAGGCCUGUUGAAGAUCUUUCAAUGGAAGGGGAAGCUGAGGUUGUUGGAGCUUAGAAUUUAAUGAUAGUUUUUUUUUUUAAAAAUUUUGAGGAUCUUUGUCUAAUGCUUUUUGGUUUAUUUGCAUUUAUCACGUUUCUUGAAACAAGGUUAGCAGCUUCUAAUUGUUGUCUAUGCAAAUAUUUUGAAUCUAAAUGGAUUAUGCACGUUUUAUCAGAAAUUCCACUGCAACUCUGUAUAGAUCUUUAA